AGAAGUAAAAAACUCAACUUUUUAUACUCUUCUUUCUCUUCAUGUAUUAUAUCACACUUGAUCAAAUGAGUUUAAGUAAGCUCGACUCACAAAAUUCACUUACAAGUCAUUAAUUCAAACAUGAAGACUGAGUUUUGUAUUCCUAAAUUUUUUUUAUGUGUCGAACUUUUUGCUUUAAUCGCUGCUACUUUGGCAAAAGAAAUACCACAGGAUUCAAGAACUAGCGUACAAAACCCAUGUCAAGAGGAAGCUUGCCAACCUGAUUAUAUUUGGGAUACAGAGAAAUGCGCUUGUGUUUCACGCCCACCAUGUGCUAUCAGAUGUAAUGUUGGGUACCAUCUUGAGUACGACGAGAACGGAAGAUGUUUCUGUGCUCUUAAUGACGAAUGUCCAGAUGCACAAAUAUAUGAUCGCAAUCAAGGAAAGUGCGUUUGCGAGUACCCUAUAGAAUGUGGUUCUGGCUAUUAUUGGAACGAGGAGAUUUGUAAGUGCAAUCAAUUACAAAAGAUAUGUGUGCAGAUUUAAAAUGCUGAUUCUUUAACUUCGAGUUUGGAAUCAUGAAAAUUUUGACGACAUUCAUACAAUUUUGUCUCUUCUGUAUUUGUGAAAAUGAUAAACUCAAUAAAAUCAAUAAUAAAUGCAC